UGUUUUUGUUAAUUGAAAACAAAUAUUAACUUUGUGUUGAAUACAUAUAUGAUCUAAAUAAAAUUGUAAUUAGGUCAACAGGGGAGCUGAGUUAUUUCUCCUUGUCAAUAUUUACGAAAUUACUUCCCCUAGGAUAACUAAGAGGAAGUAGGCCAAGCUGCAAUCAUAUCAUAUCAAUUAUCAAGACUAGAAUCUAGAGAUCUAGAAUAGAUCAUAGAUGACAUCUUAGAUGUACUAGAUAGAUCUAGAUCUAGCCUACUUGCAUUUCCCCCCUUUAGAAAAUAAAGCCAAACAAAUAGAUCUAGAAUCUGGAUAUUUUUAAAAAAUAAAAUUCAGAACAACAUAUCUUUCUUGUCUAGAGUCUAAAUAGUAAAUAGCAUCGCUAAGCAGCACAAAAUGUCGUUCAACUUUAUGGUAGGAAUGAGCGACUACUGUCUAGAACCGACUCCAACGCCAACGGGGUUUUCGUAUCAUCAUCCUACUAUUCCAUUAUCAACAGUCACGAAUACAAGUAACACUAUGCACACUCAUGUCAAUGCUGGAAAUAAUCAUGUCAACCAUGGACAUCAUCAUAAUCACUUGGAUAAUUUAACAAGUUUGCCACCAUUGGGUCCACCAGGAAUGGGCCCAAUGGUGGGACAAGGAGGCUCAUUCAAUGUCAAUAAUAGCAUCAAUGGAUUUUCUUAUCAUCAAGAGCCAGUGGUACGACAAGAGCCUGAAGCUCCAGUUAUAGGAACUGCCAAAAAAAAGUCAAAAAAGGAAAGGAAGCGUAGACAAAUAGGCACAUCAUUGUCUAGGGCAGAAAUCAAACGGAGACGUAAUGCUGGUGAAGAAUAUGUGACUAGAAAAGGGAAGGUAGUGGGUAGAAAAGAAUAUGAGCCGAUUGACUGUAAGUGUCGGUUAAACUGUACACUAAAUGUAACACAUGACAUGAGGAAAUUAAUCUUUGACCACUUUCAUGCAUUAGCAGAUUGGAAUAAUCAAACACAGUUUAUCGUCUCAUCUGUAACUAUACUUGACAUUAAAGAAAGAAAGAGGCGAUUAAAACAAGAAAUUUCCUCCUCAAAAGCAAAACGUUCAUCAUCGAGACUUUACCAUUUGACUAAUAAGAAAAUUCGUGUGUGUAAACCUGUUUUUCUUUCUGCGCUUGGUAUAACAAAUAAAAGGUUAGAUUAUGCCUUACGAUACAAAGCACUCCCAAUUACUGCAAUAGCAACAACAGACUUCAGAGGUAAAAAAGGUCCGCUCAAUAAAACACCUGCAGAUGUUGAGGAGCGGAUCAGGGCACAUAUAAAAUCAUUUCCCAAGUCAAGUUCACAGGGAAAGCAGGGGAAGGGUGCCCAAACCUUGCCUCCAGAUUUAACUAUAUCUAAAAUGUAUUCUUUAUAUCAGGAACAGUGCCAGGCAGAAGGCUUACAGGCUGCUUCUAUGUGGGUCUAUGCUAAAAUCUUUAACUCUGAAUCAAAAAUUCACCUCGCAGCACCGAAAAAGGAGCCUUGCAAAACUUGUGAGCGGAUAAAAAUCAUUGUUCACAGUGGAAACGAACCAGAUAAAAUUAUUCAAAUGUUGUUAAAAGAGUUUCAGGAGCGUCCAGCACAAACAGUGAACACAUUCAUGGAUUACAAUCACACAGAUUUCCCAUCAUAUUCUCAAAAGAAAAACUAACCUUAUAUCAUACAUCUUCUUAAAAAAAGACAUUAUUACCAGUGUUCCAUUGUUGUUUUAAUUUUCAAAUGUUGUAUUUAUCUUGUAAUUUUAAUGAAAGCUAAUGCAUUGAAACACAAUGGAGCAAUAAUAAUCUUUAUUAAACAGAUUAAGUGAAAAUCUGGCUAAUGUCCUACCAUGUCAUUGUAUUGUGUAUUUGUAAUGUUUGAGCAAUUUUAUUGUCGCAUAUAUAAGCUGGUAUGUGUGGAAAUCAAAGACUUUAAAAAUCUAUGCAGGCCAUGUUAUUGAUCUGUUCUCAAUUGUGGAGUUUGUUUUAGUUGACUUUCAUGUAUAAAUGGAGAUAUAUAAAUUGAAGUUUUACAUAUGUGUUCACUGUUACAGUUUUUUUCCCCCUAAGUUAAGUAUCUCAAGAAACUAAGUUUACCAUUAAUAGUAUUAUUGUUAUCUUUUAUUUAAUUAUGUAAGAAUCAAAGUACCUGUAAUUAAAAGUACUAAGUACACAUAGUGGAAUAAAUAUUCUAAUAAUUAAUAGCAGCAUUAGAAGAAUACAAUGGAAUUGUUAAGGGAAAUGGUGAACAUUGUGUUAUUUCAUUAUAUUUUCUUUGAUAUUUCUCUUAAUAAUUUUUGUUAUCUGGUAAGGAAAUUGAAUUAUUUAGCCCUUCCAGCUUUAAUGGCUGUUGGGCAGAGGAAAUAUAGAAGGUUGGUCCUUGAUCUGUCACAUAAACCCUUGGACAUUGAAAUUAUUGAGACUUAUGCUAGGGGACAUAAUAAUUUUCAUUUCUUAAUGAACACCCAAAACAAAAGUCAAUCUUGGUGUAGAUGAAUAGAUAGGAGCUUGAGAGGACUUGGUAGGUAUGAUAUGGCCCUAAAUGUGUCAACAGAAAAAAACAAUAACAACAAUCAAAGAAAUAAUAUGUUGCAAAUUACCAAAAGUUAACUGUGUUUAAAAAAAACUCUCUCUUAAGUUUAAAUCAGAAUUGGAGUUAAUUAUUGAUAACACACUAUGCCAAGCUUAGAUAAACCUAACUGAACUAAUGAUAAUUGUGCCACUGAAGACUUUUUCAUUACUUAAAAAAUAUAUUAAGUGUCAAAUUUUAAUAUAGCCUACUUGACUGUAUCUAUUGAAUUUAAAUGCCUAAACUAAUGUAGAAAUAAGGUUGACUAUGAAAAUCAGAUUAUUGUUUGUUAGCUCUAGACAUGUAUAUUUUUCUUGUACGGUAUUGUUUAUCUUAUCUUAAUGCAGACUAAUGUUUCUUUAAUCAGUUGGUGUUAUUAUAAAAAGUAAUCACAACUAGAUCUAUGUUUUUAUUUAAGAUGAAGUAUAAUGUUAAAAAAUGAAUUAAUUUAUGAUGCAACCUGUCUAUAUAUAUUAUUAUGUAUGAUUAUGAGUUUUUCUUAGAUUUAUCUCGAUAGAUGGAACAUAUAAUGAAAUCAAUAGUUUACAAAAGCUAUUUAUGGCACAAAACUAUAAAAACAAAAAAGAAAAUAUUUAUUUGCACUUAUUUAUUAUUAAUCUUUCUUGAAAUAAUAUUUUGAUUUUAAACAGUUUCCCUUCAGUUAAAAAAAAAAUCAAUUAGUAAGCCGUAUGGUCAUUCAGUAUGUUUUCGAGACUAUCAGCUCAUUAGUUCUGGGUUUGAACAAUGAUUCCCACUGUCCAGCCAUAGGUCUUCAGAUAGGACAUAAUACUCAUUUCUGAAGGAACAUCUGAAACUGCCAUUUGAACACUACAAAGAGAAUGUUACUGCUAUUCUGUGUGUGUAUGAUACCAUAUGUUCAAUGUGUGUAUGCCAUCAUCGCAAUUAAUUUUGUCAUUCCUUUAAUAAUGAAGUCAAUGUAUAGUUUCAUGAAGUCCUUCAUUUAAAAUCUUUAUUUUUAACACUUUAUAGCAUUUUCUUGUUGUUUUAAGUUAUGUUUGAAAGCAUUUUUUUAUUGUCUAGUCAAAGAUUUGAUUUUCUUUUCCUGCCAAAGUUAUUCUAUAUUGCCUAUAUUGAUAUAGUUUUACAAACAAUGUCUCGCUGUUUGUUAUGAUAAGUUUGUGUGUCUGCACAUUUUUGUGUAUUUCUGACAUAAAUGUAUAUUACAAUAUUUUCAUUUAAGUUGUUGCAAAUAAAUGUUACAAUUUUAUAGCUAGAGAAACAUAGUACAGCAUUAGUCUGACUAAUUUGUUUAUAUCUUAUUUAACUGUUAUUUAGAUGCUUUGAUACAAGACUAGACAUUACUUAAAACUGUCCAUAAAGUAUUCCUUCAGAAAAACAAGAUUAGUUUCAAAAUGUGUAAAUGGACCAAAUUAAAUGUAAAAAUUAUAUCACUAUUCUUCCAACAUAUGACUUGAGGUUAUUUCAAUUAAAUGCAGUUUGUAUCAAUAUUUAAUUGAAAUUACCUCAUUAGUUUAGCAGAGUAAUUAGAGGGGGAUAACUUUAAAAAAAAAAUGAGAUUAUUAUUAUCUUGGAAAAUGAGGACCAUGACUUUUUAUUACUUUUCAGGCAACUAAUUAGUUGUUGUUUUUUUUCCAAUGUGCAAUUACAUACAUUUUUGUUCAUUUAUAUAAAUAAAUUAUACAUUGCCUUUAUAUGUCUCAUUCUGAUCAUAGUAAAAGUAAAGUUCCCCUUCAGACCUUACGAUCAAUAGCACAUUGAUUCAUUAUCUGCCUAAAAUUUGUUUCAUGAAACUUGUCAAUUUAACAAUUAAAGGCUACAUUGGGUAAUAGACCUUUUAAUUCCUUAGCAUUCAAUAGUUUGAGAAAUUAGUUUUUUUUAGAAAAGUUAUAUUUUUUAAGGUUGAUUUCAUUAGUGCGAAAAAAAACAACUAAUUAAAUUGAUGACAUUGUUUACUUUCAAUAGAAGUCACUUGCAUAUGAAAAUAAAUGAUGAACAUUGCAGUGAAUGUGUUUAUGUAGUAGAUUUUAUGUAAAUAUUGAAAUAGAAACUUGUGUUAAGUUUUAAACACUAUUUUUUUAAUCAUUCUCAUACUUCAUAAGAUGUAAUAAUGAAUCAUUAAUUAAAUCAAUCACACAUUGUG